UUUGCCUCUUGCUUUCUCGUAGAACUAGUGCUUACCUUUUUACAUGAAUAUCUGACAGGUUCUUCUUCUGGGAAUGGCAUAAUGGGGAAAACAACACACAAUCGAUAAACAGCUAUCGAUAUGGCAGCACUGUACUGACCAACAGCUGUGCGCUUAGCGUCAAUUCUAGCCUUACGAUUUUACCUGAUUGUCACAACAAUAAGCGAAAAAGUUGCGGCUACAUUGACUUCGAAUGCAGGCAUGAAAAUCAACGAGAGGACCCUGUACGUCUUUGCGAAAACGCCGCCAUUUGACAUGGAAGGUUUCCUCAACAAACGGGGCGAGGUCAAUAAGGCUUUUCAGAGACGCUUCUUCGUUCUGAAGGGCAACUUGCUGUUCUACUUUGAGUCGCGAGUGGACAAGGAUCCACUGGGACUUAUCAUUGUCGAGGGAUGCACUAUUGAGCUCUCAAACGAAGUGGACAACUACUGCUUCGAAAUAGCCUUCAACGGCAACCGCACCUACAUCCUCUCCGCCGACAACCAGGAAAGCAUGGAGACAUGGAUGAAGGCACUCACAUGCGCCGGAUACGAAUACAAUCGCAUCAUCCUAGCCGAGCUAAAGCGCCAGCUACACGAGAUGGAGGGUUUGAGAAAAAAAAUUCUUGGCAACGCUAUUGACGGACCACAUAGUGCCUCGGAGAUAGCAAAGCCCAGGCCACCACCCAGGCGGACGAAUCCCUUCAACAGACCCGCACCGCCUCCACCCAACAGUUCGUUGGGCGGCGGUGGAAUCAUGUCGCCCCUGCCGUUUAUUAAUGGAUACUUUGGAUCCAGCAAUGCGCGUAUGCAGCAGGAGAAGUUGAAGGUCUUGCUAGAUGCUAAUGCUAACGGAAGACCUAGUGGAGCGCCCAGAGAACAGCGUCGCCCUACAGCCGCCCCUGCUAUUGCCACAAACGUUUUUUACCCCGACACACAGAGUCUUGGAGCAAUUAACAACAACCAUAUCACCUUAAGCAGUGGUGAGCGACUGCUACGACGGGUUAGAGCGCUGGAUGAUUUUUCUCGCAACCACGAGCGCUUUCGACAGGAACUGAUGCCCGACGUUUCCUCCUAUCGCGGACGCCAUGGACAACCCCUUAUACAGUUGUGAUGCAUCCCUAUAGAAAAAAUGGUCCGUGCUUGUACUUUUUCCGGUUAAUGGCUGCUGCCUGCGAGGAAACCCCUGUACCGCAUCGAUAGACAGGCAACGAAUGCACGGCAGCGGCUGGCAGCCUCCGCCGUGGACCCCCAGCAGAAAGAGGAACUUCUUCACAUGACAAAUGCAAUCCUAGGCGACGGUUGGGACUGGUUUCCAUUGUGUUGUAAGCGGCCUCUAGCCCGCUUUUGCCGCCACGACAUGGAACGGGCAAGGACCAAUAUACAUAAUGUCUAAAACACGUAACGGCCAUACAUUGGUUUUGCAAUAUGCAGCUCGAGCAACGUUGAUAGCGUGAAAUCUAAAAAAAAAAUGCACUUGGUUGUGUGGGUAAACACAAAGAAUUAGCAAGUGCGUAUUUAUGUACUUGUUCGGGAAGACGAUUUUCGACCCCAAUUAAUUUCUGAGCAACACAGAGAAAAUACAAUACCAAAACUGGUCAUCAAUCGGG